GAUCGAGCUGAGAAGUUCACAGACAGUAAACUGAAAACUCAGCAAUGGCUUCAAUUCCAUGUACUGGUGUUGCUGCUGCUGCCAUCACCUCCAAGUCCUUUCCUUCUUCAACCAAAUUCAACACCCGGUUCGUGGGUACCCGAAAUAGGCUCGGGUGGGUCAGGCCCUUGGGGCUUGGACCCUCUAACGGGUCCAGAGCCAAGUGCUGGUUUAAAUUCGGGAAAAACGGUGUAGAUGCUGAAGGUGCUGGUAUUUAUGGAAGCCAAUCCCGUGAUGAUUUUGAUAGAGAUGAUGUUGAACAGUAUUUCAACUACAUGGGUAUGCUCGCUGUUGAAGGUACAUAUGAUAAGAUGAAUGCUCUUUUAAGCCAAAACAUCCACCCGGUAGACAUUUUGUUGUUGAUGGCUGCAUCUGAAGGUGACAAGCCAAAAAUUGAAGAACUUUUAAGAGCUGGUGCUAGUUACUCUAUCAAAGAUGUCGAUGGGCGGACAGCUCUUGAUAGGGCUGCAAGUGAUGAAAUCAAAGACUUCAUUCUUGGUUUUUCAGUUCAGAAAGCAUGAUUUCAAUAAUAUGUAGUUUUUUUUUUUGUUGGGAGUGACUUUAUCAUCAUGUAAUCUUUUCAAUAGCUGCUUUAACCCAUCAAUUUCUAUAGGCAUUGUCAAUUUAUACCCUUGCUUUUAGUUUUAUCUUCCUUUCUCUUUGCAAAUUUUUGAGGCUACAGGGUACUAUGUCACUUUGAUGAACAGCAGAACUAUUUAUGAGAAGAUUAAUCUAAUUAUGAAAUGCAACAUAUGAGUAUUUAAUCA